CUCUCUCUAAAAAAAAGAAAAGUGGAUCCACAUCUCUGAGCAGAAACUAGAGAGAGAGAGAGAGAGAGAGGGUGGGAAGGAGGUGGGAUCGAGUCGCGGUUGAGUCUGGUCUUUUCCUUUCUUUCUGCCCGCAUUGAUGGCGGAACCGAGCGAGCAAAGAUCGAGGGCCGAUCCUAAGUCGGAGAAGGCGACGAGUUGAGUGAGAGGGAUUGGAAUCGUCGGGAAUCGCUACGAGUUUAAGGAAAGGGAUAGGGUGAGACCAGAAGUCGGAAGAUCUUUAUAAAUACUGCUUGUCAGAAGAAGAUGAUGACGAUAACGACCUAUUUCAGGCGUUUCUGGUGAUUUUUAGGGUUUUAGGUCUCGAGCUCUUGAAAUCGCUGGGAAUCUGUUGAUCGAGGCAGUGAUCUGAGCUGAGAAGGAAGGAGAAGAACGAGUUCCAGGUUUUUGUGGUGGUUUUUUAGGGUUUGGAGUUCGGGCUGUGGGAAGUGCGGAGAAGCUGGUGAUGAAGGCAAGAAGCUGAGCUGAGAGGGAAGAACUGGUUGAAAGAGAUCGAUUGAUGGUUUAUUCGGGGCUCUUUUAGGGUUUUAGGUUUUCGAGGUUUGGAAAUUGCUUAAGAUCUUCUGACAGAGGGAGGCUUUGAGCUGAGAAGGGGAGAAGUGGAAGAAAAUCGAUUUUCAGGCGUUUGAGGUGAUUUUUCAUGGUUUUGGUGUUGUGAGCUUUGGAAGUCGCUGGAAAGCUGCUGACAGAGGCGAGAUCCGAGCGGACAAGAGAUAAUAAGUAGAUCGAGUUCAGGCUUUUCAGGUGAUUUUGAGGAAGAGCAGAGUUGAGCUCUGAAGAUUGCUGAGAAGAAGAAGAAGAAAAGGAAUUUGAGGUGAUUUUUAGGUUUUCAGGUGUGCUUGAUUUGGAGCAUUUGAAAUGGUUAAAAUGGUGGGAGAUCUAGGAUGAGAAAGGAAGAUUUGAAUUUUGGAGAGAUUGUGGGGUUUGGAUCUUGAGUAACAGGAAUGGCUGAAAUCCGGAGAGCAGGGAAAGUUCCAAGGUGAAGGAUUCGAUUUCAUCUUUCAGGUGAUUUCCCCCUUCCAGCAUUGAUAAACUUAUGUUCUGAUUCCAAGCUUCUGAAAGUGGCAGAAACCUUCUAAUUGAGUAAAAUAGAAGUUUUCUACUGAUUUUCAGCUCUAAGAAAUGAGAAAAGGCUACAGCUUUGGUAAAGGAUAUUAAAAAGAAAAAAGAAAAGGAAAAGGAAAUUCCAUGGAAGAUUUCUCCAAAUACUCCCACAGCCCUGUCCAUUUGGCGGUUGCCCGCCGCGACUAUGCUUCCCUCCGACGCAUCGUCUCUUCUCUCCCCCGCCUCUCCAAGGCCGGUGAGGUUACCAAUGAAUCCGAAUCCCUUGCUGCUGAGCUCCAGGCUGAUACUGUCUCUGCUACCAUCGACCGCCGCGACGUUCCUGGCCGUGAGACCCCUCUUCAUCUCGCUGUGCGCCUCCGUGACCCCAUCUCUGCUGAAAUUCUCAUGGCAGCUGGCGCCGACUGGAGCCUCCAGAAUGAGCAUGGAUGGAGUGCCCUCCAGGAAGCUGUCUGCUCCCGUGAGGAUUCUAUUGCGAUGAUAAUCGCCCGCCAUUACCAGCCGCUCGCCUGGGCAAAAUGGUGCCGCCGCCUCCCCCGCAUCGUUGCCUCUGCCUCCCGCAUCCGUGAUUUCUACAUGGAGAUCACCUUCCACUUCGAGAGCUCUGUCAUCCCCUUCAUUGGCCGCAUUGCCCCAUCAGAUACCUACCGCAUCUGGAAGCGGGGCUCAAAUCUCCGUGCUGAUAUGACCCUUGCGGGCUUCGAUGGGUUCCGCAUCCAACGCUCCGACCAAACCUUCCUCUUCCUUGGUGAUGGCUUCUCUUCAGAGGACAGUAACUUAUCUUUAACUCCUGGCUCUUUGAUUGUUCUCGCACAUAAGGAGAAAGAGAUCACUAAUGCCCUUGAAGGAGCUGGUGCACGACCGACGGAGGCUGAGGUCGCUCACGAAGUUGCUUUGAUGUCUCAGACUAACAUGUAUAGGCCUGGGAUCGAUGUUACCCAGGCCGAGCUUAUCCCCCAUUUGAAUUGGCGGCGGCAGGAGAGGACUGAAAUGGUUGGGAAUUGGAAGGCAAAGGUAUAUGAUAUGCUUCAUGUGAUGGUCAGUGUGAAGUCUAGGAGGGUUCCUGGUGCAAUGACCGAUGAGGAGCUUUUCGCCACUGAGGAUGAUGAGAGGAUCGUGAAUGGAGGGGACCAUGAUGAGGAGUAUGAAGAUGUUUUGACAGCCGAGGAGAGGUCGCAAUUGGAUUCGGCACUUAGGAUGGGGAAUUCAGAUGGUCAUGGUGAUGAUGAGGAAAAUGGGGGUAUUGAAUUCCAAGAAAAUGGUGCUAUGGGACAUGAGAAUAGUGAGUCGAAUGGUGUUUUGAAGGAAAAGAAGAGCUGGUUUGGUUGGAAUAAGAAGGGGUCGAAGAGUGGAGGUGAUGAUACUGAGGACUCAAAGAUUCUGAAGAAGUUCUCCAAGUUAGCCCCAGAAGGCAGCAAUCAAAAAUCCAUUGAUCAUCAGAGAUCAUCGUCUGAAUUUGCAAGGGAGGAUUUGGGGGACAUUAAAAGGGGGAAAGAGAAAGGCAGUAAGAAGAAGAAGAAGGGGGGAGCCAGUAUUGAGUCUAAGAAUGAGAGCGAGUACAAGAAGGGUUUGAGACCUGUUCUAUGGUUGACACCGGACUUCCCACUGAAAACAGAUGAGCUCUUGCCUUUACUUGACAUCUUAGCAAACAAGGUUAAGGCUGUCAGGAGACUCAGGGAGCUUUUGACGACGAAACUACCUCAUGGGACAUUUCCUGUCAAGGUUGCCAUCCCUAUUGUCCCAACAAUACGGGUUCUUGUCACUUUCACAAAAUUCGAGGAGCUUCAGCCAGUAGAGGAGUUCGCAACCCCUCUUUCCAGCCCUGCCCAUUUCCAGGAUAGCAAAGCCAAGGAAUCAGAAGCAUCAUCUGCAUCAUGGAUCUCAUGGAUGAGAGGGAGCCGUGGGCAGUCGAGUGACGGUGAAAGCCGCAGUUGGAAAGAUGAGAUCGACCCUUUCCACAUACCAUCGGACUACACAUGGGUCGAUGCCAAUGAAAAGAAGCGCAGGAUGAAAGCCAAGAAGGCCAAGAACAGGAAGGGUAAGAAGCAGGCAGCCAGAAGCAUGGAAGGGCAACAACAGCUGAGUGACGAUUUGGAAGAGUAGGGGCGUGAAAUUGGGGUGUUAUUGAUUAUUUACCUCUUAAUUCUUUAAGAGGAAGAGAGGUAAGUGUAUUUGACCUGAGAACCCAACUGUUCUUUUCUUUUUUCUUUUGGGUUUGGUGGAAGAAAGAUUUGAAAUUAUAUCAGGUGUUUGUUGUUUAGAGUAGGAAAUGCUUGUGCCCCUCCUGUAUUGAUGUGAUGUAAGGUUAGAGAGGAACGGAAUCACAUUCUAUUUGUAAUUUGUUUGUUCUAUUUCUCGUAGCUAAUUUAUGCGUGGUAUCAACGUCCAUGAUCA